AUGCCCAUAAAAUUGGACUGUGUUCACUACAUACCUACGCAAUGCUACGAUGGAAAACGGUGCCGCGCCUGGUGUGGAAAUUCUACGGAGGCGUCUUGGGGUUCGUUCAAGCUAUCUAUCAACAAAUUCGAACAAUGUAAGGGUCCGAAGCGGCUAGACUGCUGUGUCGCAUCAGGGGAAAUUAUAAAUGGUUCAACAAUUGUUUAUGAUAUAAUAGUACAACAGAAUGUAUCGCCUACCAAGGGGAAAAUAGUCGCAAUGACUAAAGACAAACAGUUUUUAAGACUACAAAUGAAGAAGCCAUGUGAACAUUUAUUCUUGAGGCCCUUGUUCCAUACAAUGCUUAAUGUUAGCAAAAAUUGCGUCAUAAUGAAAGGCCACUACAACUUUAAAAUAGACAUACAAGAGGUGGCACAGAAGUAUUACGACGGUUCGUUUCUAUUCGGGCAUUGGACAUUCAAAUCAAUCUUCUACAAUGAUGAAUGUAAUUUUUCAUGCACCGUGGUAGAGGUGGAAUUCUCUCCGAAGAACAAAACUUCGUAACAUUAAUGUUAAUUGCAAAUUGAAAAUGAUUCGUGUGUUCAACUUUGUAACUUAAAAUGUUUGUUUUAUUAUUAUUGUAUAUCCGGUUCCAACAG